UGAUACUUCUGCAAGGGUCAUGUUCACUGCAACUGGGUAUCAAGUCACUUGGAAAACGUGCCCGCUAGCAUUGUGAUAGCAGGAUUGAAUCAGAAAAUUUCUUAUUUUAGGCCAAAAAUAGAUAUUGUAUCAUUGUCACAAGUCAAAAUGGCGCGUUGGAAAUUCACGGAAAAACGUAAUCUUACACUUUUUGCUUUCUCAACACGAAUGUUCUUCAUGGGCGUUGAAUACGCGGUCAUAUUUCCUUCUGUUUGGCUGUAUUUGAAGAUAUUCCACGUCGAGUACUGGUAUCUUGGGUUAGUUUUAUCAGCGUAUAAUAUGGUUGGUAUUAUUAGCACAGCCAUCGUUGGCCAUCUUGUCGACGUCAGUAGGAAAGUGCGUUUUACAGGCUUUCUUUGGAAUUUGGCUGAAAUAUCAGGAAACUUUAUCUACGCGAUGCCAUUUUAUGUUGGAUUGCCUCUGAUCGGCAGAAUGAUUGCUGGGUUUGGGGAAGGUUUUAUAUCAGCAAUGUGGGGAGAGCUUGCUAGAGUCACAACCACUGAACAAAGAACAAGAUACUUUGCGAUUCUUAAAGGCAGCAACCUCUUAGGAGCUGCGAUAGGACCGGCAUUCAAUUUAUUUUUAAAAGAAAUUAACUUUAAUAUCGGUGAAUGGCCAAUUGAUUUCCGUACCUCCCCUGGUUUUGUGAUGGGUUUAAUAUGGAUUCUUGUCACAAUUCUUAUGUUAAUCUGUGUUUUUGAUCUCUCAUGGGAGCUUCAAAACAAUCCUGAUUAUCAGCUGCUAGAAGAAGAAGAAGAGAUAACCAAACUGAAACCUAAUGGAAGAAAGAAAAAGAAGAAGAGGAAGAAGAAGGAAGAAAGGAGAGCCAAGACUUCAUCAAUGUCAUCUAAAGAAAGCCCUCCGCAGCUUCGACAGACGCCGGAAGAAAGCACUCCUCCGCCUGAAAAGAAAGCACCAACUAGUCUUUUCAGACAAGCUCAACAACAAACGAGUCCCAAAAAGACAAUUUUGUCAAUAGCAAAUGAAGCUAUUGAUUCGAAAAAAACAGGGGAGGUAGCAAGCCUCGAGAAAGAUUCGCCAGAGAAAAUCGUGAACUCUGGCAUUAAGAGCUUUUCUACUGAUGACUCUGGUGACGAGCAACAAGAUCGUAAAAUGUAUUACACUACCAAAGAUAAUAUAACCUUCUGUCCCGAGGUGCCAGAUCUAUCUGAAAUGUAUAGCUCUUCUGAUGAAGCCGAAAAACCGUCGACACCAAAACAACAACGAAAUCCUUUUGAAAGUUCUGAUUCUACAAGUAGUUUCGAAAGUGAUCUCGACGCUGAGGAUUUCGAUAAAGUUACUUUCAAGUCUGCAAUUUUAGACAUGUUUACAAAAGUACAUGUUGUCGUGUUGAUUUAUUUGCUGUUCUUCAUGUAUAUUAUCCACACUUGUCUACAAGGUAUCUCACCUCUCAUCGCUGAGUACAUGUUAUCUUGGAGUGAGACCCAGGUUAGUGUGUUGUACACAGCCUGGGGUUUAGAAAUUAUUCUUGUUCUCGUGGUUGUUUGGUUGAUUGCACCAAAAGUCGAGGAUCGAAUUAUCUUGGUAUGUGCAGUGAUGUGUGGUUGCCUUUCAUCUUUAUGUUUUAUCAUUCUAAGUUAUUCGAAACCUGGGUCUAACAUGUCAUUGUACAGCUUUCUCUUCACUGUUCUGUUUGCUGGCGUAGCUAUCUCAGUGACGGUGGUGAUUGGCAGAUCACUCGUUUCGAAACACACGAAAGCAGAAAACCAAGGUCUGGUCCAUGCAAUUUUAACGUCGUUCAAUCGUUUAGCAGGUUUGUCAGGGCCCAUCUUUGGAAGCAGUUUGUACACCCAUAAAACAAUCAUAGGAUGGAUUCUUGCAGUUGUACAAGUGAUUGGCUUGGCUUUGGUUUUAUUUACUUAUAAGAGACUUAAAGUUGAGAAGAAACCAGAAGACGAGGACUGAUGAAAACACUGAAGUCAUUGAUUAUCAUAUUUUUCGCCAUGUUUAGCUUCUUUUAGACAAUCACUUUAACCUAUACCACAAUAACCACAUAAUUAACCCAAGGUGUUAGAUGACGGUCCGGUAUCUUUUAUAACCAUUUUUUUAGGUUAUGACAAUUUUUAUAUAUCACGAAUUUUUAAUACUGCCAGUGAGAAUAAAUUAGAGAAUCAACUA